CCAGAACCAGUUGCUGGCACCAGUUGCCUCAUCCGUCUAACGUCAACACCUCAGCAACAUGCGUUACGACCAGCAGCCGAAUGACACGCGCCCCAGGCUCUACGCGCAGCCUCAGGCUCUACCUGGGGACUACAACCAACUCAUGCACACGCAACACAGCGCCCUCAAGUAUGAGCCCGGCGCGCCGUACUACCCGCCGGCGGCUGCGCUGCACGUGUCGUCGGAUUAUCAGCCUCCCGCCAGCAGCCCCGCGUCCUCGGCACACAAUAGCGCCAAGCGCUCGCGCGAGGAGCUGAAUUUAAAGGAGAAGCAGCGCAUGUUCAAGCUGAAUGAGCGCAUUAACCAGCUCAAGACGCUGCUGGACGAGGCUGGCGUCCAGACCAAGAAGAACAAACAGUCCAUUCUGGACAACACGUCGCACUACAUUGAGAUGUUGCGCGGCGACCUGGUGGUCGCCCAGCAGAAGGCCGAGCGUGCCGAGAAGCAGGCCGAGACCUUCCGGACUCAGACGCACAGAGGCAAAGGUGCAGUCGACAAGGCGGUGACCGGCGUGUUCGAGAAGACCACAACACCUCGGGUGGUCGUGGACAUGGACAUGAAGACAAUCAUGUUCAACGCCGCCUUCGUUAAGUAUACUGGACUCUCGGAACUCGCGCUGAAGAAGAAAAAGACGCUGCGGCCGUACCUGUGCACGGACCAGGAGAAGUUAGACGCCAUCAUGACGAAGCUGCGCGAGACGAAGCAGUCCUUGAGUGUGCUGGUGAAGGCGUCCGCUACUGGCAAAGAUGAAGUGUCUGUCAACUUGAUCGCAGCGGUCGUGACGGGUGACAGCGGCGAAGGUGUGAACGUCGAGUUCAGUCUGAUUCCUAUGGACGUGCAACAAUUACCGCAACAGCGACCAAAGCGACAGAAAACCGAGAAUGUUGCAAAAGGUAACAAGGCCAAGGACCAAUCUGCUAUUUACGUGCAGCUGUAAGCGCAACUGCCGCCCAUUGUUGCGUCAACUGAAUGGCAAACGUUGCGAAAGUUACGACGUUUGCAAACUUUUCAUCGAGCAAAAGAAUGGAUUUUCCUAUUUCGUCGUAUUUUAUUGUCCUUACUGCAAUCUAAUACCCAUU